UAAUCCGCUGUUUCUUCCCUUCUUCCCUCGAAAGAACGAACUUGGCCCCUUCUCGUCUCUAUCUUCUCUUUCUCUUACCCUAACCCUUUUCUCUAUCUUUUUUCAAUUACCAAAAUCCCUUCCAGUUAUCAUCUACAAUUCCAAAUCAAUCGAAAACCAUAUACCUGCAAUAUAUGCAGAGGCCUUGUAUUGGUCAAAUUUCAAUCUGAAACGGACCCAUUAAUCAGAGUGAACGAAAGACACCCAGACGGCUCUUUUGGAAUCCGAUUCCUAUAUAUGGCAAACGGAACGGAGGCUAAGGAUAUGCUGGUGGCGAAGGUCCGACCAGGUUUAAAACGCGAGUUCGAGUUUGCGUUCAGGGCUCACUCAGAGAUUUCUGGGUCUUUGGGUCGGACCCGGGCUAGGCGGGCUGAGGCCGGAGGCUCCCCAGUGAAUGGAACUGUAGAGAGAUCUAAUAAUAAAAAGAGAUUGAAUGCCAAUGGCUCAAAGGAGGCCAAGAAAGUUGAAAUGGCCAGGGAUUUGGGGGAGAAAGUGGUGGAUGGUGGAGAUGCAGCGGAGGCUAUGAGGGAAGAAGAGGCGAAAAGUGAUGUGGUAGAAUUGGGGAGUGGAGAUGAAGAGGCAAAGGUUGGCUUGAUUGAAUCAGUUCCUCUUACAAUGAAUGUAGAUGUAGAACUAGUGCAAGAGAAAGAUAAUGGAGCCUCUUCAAUGUGUGCAGAGGAGACACAGAGGAGUAAUGAACCUGAAAUGAUGGUGUUGAAUGAGGAUUUGCAGGACGAUUACUAUAGGAACCAUGAAUAUCAGGAAAAGUCUAGUGGUUCGCUGCUAAAUUCCAUGAAUAACGAGGGUGUAGAGAAAAAGAAUGAUUUAGAUGAGGUUAUGGUGGAUGGAGGAUCCAAAGAAGGUGAUAGGAGUGAUCAAUAUGAGGAAGGAACUAGUGGGUCAGCGCCAGUUUUAAUGGACGAGAAUGUAAAGAACGAAUUGGGAAAGGAGACAAUGAAUGCAAUUUCAGAAAGUAACAAUGAUGCUGAAGUAAAGGAGACAAUGAAUGCAAUUUCAGAAAGUAACAAUGAUGCUGAAGUGAGGGGUGAUAUGAACAAUGUAUCUGAAGAGGGGACUAGCAGGUCGUCCAUAGUUUCUACUAAUGGGGAAGCAGGUGUUGAUGAUUCAUCGCCAGUUUUGGUUAAUGAUAGUAAUAGUAAGCUGGAGGCGAAGCCUUUUAGGAGGUUUACCAGGUCUUUGCUGAAGCCAAAGACAGAGACAGGGAAAGAAUCCAAUUCUAAAGAUGGUGCUGGAGGGAAUGACGCCAAAGCAAUGGCAAAUGCUGAUGAUACUGGUAGUUCCUCGGCUGCUAAUUCAUAUUCACUGGUGAAGAUGUGGAGAGAUGAUGCAUCAAAGAAGUUCCCAUCAAAGUUGAAGGAUCUUCUUGAUUCGGGUAUAUUAGAGGGAUUAAAGGUGAAGUAUAUGAGGGGAUCUAAGGCCAGAGCACCUGGAGAGACAGGGUUGCGUGGAGUUAUCAGGGGAUCUGGGAUUCUGUGUUUUUGUGGUGCUUGUGGAGGAAAUGAAGUGGUUACGCCUGGUUUAUUUGAGUUGCAUGCUGGCAGUGCAAAUAAACGUCCACCAGAGUAUAUUUACUUGGAGAAUGGGAAUACACUUCGUGAUGUGAUGAAUGCUUGCAAGGACGCAUCAUUGGAGACUCUGGAUGAAGCCCUUCGGCUUUCCAUCGGUUGUUCAUCUUUGCAGAAAUCAGCUUUCUGUGUUAACUGCAGAGGGUCAUUUGCUGAGGCUGAUGCUGGAAAAUCAAUGGUAGUAUGUAGUCAAUGCAUCCGAUUGAAAGAUUCUCAAGCCAUCUUAUCAGUGACAAUAGAUCCAGACAAAGGAAUGCCAAAACCACCUUCUGUUCCUAAGUCCGCUGACAGUGUGUCAAAGUCUAGCACAUCAAGAAGCAAGAGUCAGGGGAGACUUACAACAAAGGAUUUGCGGAUGCAUAAGUUGGUUUUUGAAGAAGAUGUCUUGCCGGAUGGAACUGAAGUUGCUUAUUAUUCUCGAGGACAGAAAUUGCUGGUUGGAUACAAGAAGGGGUUUUGUAUAUUUUGUUCUUGCUGCAAUUCUGAGGUCAGUCCCUCCCAAUUUGAAGCCCAUGCUGGUUGGGCAUCACGUCGAAAACCUUACCUGCACAUUUACACAUCUAAUGGGGUAUCUCUUCAUGAAUUGGCAAUAUCACUAUCCAAAAUUCGGAAAUUUCCCACACAUGAAAAUGAUGACCUGUGCCAAAUUUGUCGAGAUGGUGGGAAUCUUUUGUGUUGUGAUAUAUGUCCAAGGGCCUAUCAUAGAGAAUGUCUUUCUAUACGGGAAAUUCCAGAUGGUAAAUGGUAUUGCAAAUUUUGCUUGAAUAACUUCCAGAAAGAAAAGUUUGUGGAGCGUAAUGCCAAUGCAAUAGCUGCAGGAAGAGUUGCAGGAGUUGAUCCAAUAGAACAGAUAACAAAGCGAUGCAUUCGUAUUGUGAAGACACUUGAAUCUGAAUUUGGUGGAUGUGUUUUAUGCAGGGCCCAUGAUUUUGAUAAGUCAUUUGGUCCUCGUACUGUUCUACUUUGUGAUCAGUGUGAGAGGGAGUUCCAUGUCGGUUGUUUAAAGGACCACAACAUGGAGGAUCUAAAGGAGUUGCCUAAAGGGAAUUGGUUCUGUUGCACAGACUGCAACAGGAUUCAUUCAGCUUUGGAGAAAUUGGUUGCUCGUGGAGAAGAGAGGCUUCCAGAUUCUUGUUUAAAUGUCAUAAAAAAGAAGUCUGAGGAAAACAUUUUAGAGAAUGGCAACAGCAUUGAUGUGAGAUGGAGGCUACUUAAUGGGAAAAUAGAUCCUUUUGGUGACACUGAAGCAUUACUAUCUGAAGCCCUUGCUAUUUUCCAUGAGCAAUUUGAUCCUAUUCUUGUGUCCGGAACUUCUGCCAAAGCUGAUUGUGACCUCAUCCCAUCAAUGGUUUUUGGAAAUAGCGUCAAAGGACAGGAACUGGGUGGCAUGUACUGUGCAGUAUUGCUUGUCAACCAAGUAGUUGUGUCAUCAGCAAUCAUUAGGUUUUUUGGCCAGGAAUUGGCAGAACUUCCUCUAGUUGCAACUAGUAGCAAAGUCCAAGGACAGGGUUAUUUUCAAGCCUUAUUUACUUGUUUAGAGAAACUACUUGGGUUUCUCAAUGUAAAGAACCUUGUACUUCCUGCAGCCGAGGAAGCUGAAUCUAUUUGGACAAACAAAUUUGGUUUCAGCAAGUUAACCCCAGAAGAGUUUCUGAAAUUUAGGAAGAAUUAUCAAAUGAUGGUGUUUCAAGGGACAUCAAUGCUGCAGAAGCUCGUCCCCAAGUGCCGGAUUGUCGGUCGACCGGAAGGUGGCUGAAUGAUGGAAGGAAUGGGUGUGGAAUGCUUUUCCUAGCAAAUUUUGGGGGGAGUGAAUUCCUUUAAAUGUACAGGGAUACAUGUGUUUUUGGAAUUUAGUGUACAGGAGGAUAUAGAUGGUUAUAGUUGAAGCUGACAGGGUCUUUACAAAAUUCUUUUUGCAGAAGGAAAAUUGAGAGAGAGAGAGAGAGAGAGAGAGAGAUCAUAGGCACAGUUGAUAUGUAUACAUGCAUUAGGGGAGGGGGGUGGGGCUCUACAUUUGCUGUUAACUUGCAGAGCUUUGACAAAAUAGCAAAAUGGAAAGUAGCUUUUUUUUUUUGCUCUUUUUGAAAGAAUUUGUUUAAAAUUUUCCAACUCAUAGCCCAUGAUUACUUGAGCUUUCAGAAUUGAUUUUGGCAUUUGGGUAACUAUGAAUUGAAAAAUAGAAACCAAAAAAAGAAAAAAAAAAGACUAUUUUCUUAUGAUAAAAGAAAUAAGAAAGGAUCAAUCUUAUUUAUAUGGCUUAUGCACGCAUCUUGAGUUCCUUCAGGCUUUGAGGAAACUUAACCACGGAAGAAGGAAGUAGGAGUUUAUUGAAAGCGUAAAAAUAAGUCUUGUUUGGUUGACCAUAUUUACUAGAUGUCUGGAACUCUUCCGUACAGUAAAUGAAUUACCCAUUCCACUUCUGUAUAGUAAAUAAAUUACCCAUUCCAAUCCAAGUAAGUAGAGUUUUUGAGUAAAUUUAUUUCUUUUCACUUUAUUUUAACUCUGCUUUUUUUUUUUUCCCUUUAUUCUCUGAUCUAACGUGUAAACAUUAUUCUUCAAACAAAUGUAUAUCUUGUAAUAUUUGAUUUAUUUGAUUUUUUUUAGAGAGUUGAGCUCUCUAUUA